AUGGUUAUCAAGAAGUUAAAAGAAUAUAAGCUUCAUGAGGAAUUUGAAUUAACCAAGUAGAGAAGGAAUUUUAAAUCUAUUCUCUCUCAAACCCAAACUAUCAUAAAGAAAUUUAAAGAAUUAACAGAGUCUUUAAAAUACAUCUACGAUUUUAUUGAAAUGGAAAACGAAUCGUUUGAUAAUCUCAUACAUGAAACUCUUAAUCUAGCAGACUUAUCAUACAACGAUUUAGAAAAAUUAGAAUCAAUUGCAGAAGGAAAAAAAUUAAAUGAUUGGAUAGAUUAGAAAAAUUAAUAUUUAAUUUAAUUGGAAAAGGCUUAGAGCUGGUGGGACCAAGAAGUUAAGAAUUUUAGGGACAAGUUGACUAAAGAAAUGAGAGAGAUUAUGUCAUUCAUUAAGUAAGUAUUUAUGUCAUAAAAAGGAUUCAACCAACUUAAAAAAUAGCAUAAGUUUAUAAAUGGAAAUAAGAUUUAUUUGAGGUUUUAGCUUUAUCAAAAAAUAUGGAUUAAUAACUAUUAAGGUAAUAAUCGAUAUAUUAAGAAAGGAAAAAUUACUGAUUGUAUUGGAUUUCUUUCAAAAAAUUUUAAUAAGAAGCAGUAACAAGAAUACGUUUCUCAGGGCGGAAAUUCAUUUUAUUUGGAUAAAUUAAUUAUGCUGAAAAUUGUAGAAAAUGAUGUUAUGUUUAUUGCUAAUCAAAUCAGAAACAUUCAUGAAAUUGAAUUUAAUAAAAAAUUAUUCCUUAAUUAAAUAUAAAGACAUAAGGAAAGAUUUAAUAAAUAAAAUAUAAGAAGAAGGGAAUAUAAUCAAAUUUUUAUAAUUACUCGUUCAUCUUACAGCUUUAGAUAACGAAUUUAUCUAAUGUGGAUCGAAUUCCCUGAAUUUGUUAGUAGAAUGAAGGUAAUCUUAUUUAUCAAUGCUUUGAAAAUAUCAGGAUUAAAGAGACAUCUUUAAUUGGAGCAAAUUUUACGGGAUACAAUUUGA